CCCUUACGCCAGCCAAUCGGAGAGCACGCUGUUCCUGUACGUAAUAGCGUCAGAGGUCACAGCAAUGGACGCGCCUCAAAUGUAAACAGAGUUGGAGGAAGAUAUGAGACUGUUAUCUCGGGCAGUGCAGUGCGCAGUGUCUCAGAGGGAGAGCAGCCGCAGACACUUCUGGGGAUGGCUCAACGCAGUCUUUAACAAGGUGGACUAUGAGCGGAUCCAGACGGUGGGUCCGGACCGGGCUGCUGCAGAGUGGCUGCUCCGCUGCGGGGCUAAGGUCCGGUUCCAGGGUUUGGACCGCUGGCAGCACGACUACAACGCGCUGCCGCCCGGACCCCUGGGCCGCUUCAAGAUCCAGGGGAUCGACGCCACCGAGUCCUGCAUCAUGUACCGGGGCUUCGAACACCUGGACGGUCUGCAGCACCUGGAGGAGAUCAAGCUGAAGCGGUGUAUCUACAUCGAGGACGCGUGUCUGGAGAGGCUGAGCUGCAUCGAGAACCUGCAGCAGAGUCUGCUCAGCAUGGAGGUGGUGUCGUGUGGAAACGUCACGGACAAGGGUCUGAUCGCGCUGCACAAACUCAGGAAUCUGGAGCGUCUGCUUCUGAGCGCUCCGGGGAUCAGUGACAAACAGACGACGGUGACCCGGCUGCAGACGGCGCUGCCUAAGCUCGACAUCUCUCUGGACCUGAGCGAUUAAACCUCUAACAGGCCCUUCAAAAUAAAAGACCCAGGCGGCUACACGUUCCUGCUUCAGCUUUAAACGAGCACUUUAUUGAUGUUUUUUCUUGAACAAAUCUGUAUUUAUUAUUAUAUUUUCAACAUUCAAGAUAUUAAAGGUGACUCUGUGUGUUUGUACAAAGGAUUCAACUUGUUCUCUUUACAUUAAUUUGGCAUUUGUAUGAAAUCUGCGGAGAGAUGGCUGUGAACAUCCUUAGCACCUUGUAAAAACACAGCAUGUAAUAAAUGCUCAUUUCAUUCAGCAAUAAACAGCCUAAAUACAUAAAUCAAAUACACACAGGAUUUUUAGUCAUUUGUUCCUGAUGAGAAAUGUAUAUACUCAUGCAUUAUGUACUAGCCAAUCAAAUCCAAGCGUUCGUUGAUCAAAAUACAUGUUGUUUUUAUGCAUUAAAGCAUUCAUUUAAAUAAUCAA